AUGGACAAUGAGCGCUCGACGGAGGCGUCGAUGCUGUACCAGGGCAUCGGUAUGCUGCUGCUGUGUGUCAUCUUCUUCGUGGUUUGGCUCAUGGCGUGUCGACGCAAUCGCCACCUGCUCGACAUGGAGGUUCCGCUGCUGUCGGGAGAGUCUGUCGAUCACCGAAUAGACGCCGCCACGCGCGAGGCAGAAGCUGGCUACAGUGUUUGCGCCAGUUGCGAGUUCGAGAACUUCAAGCGCUUCGACUACUGUGUGCUAUGCGGCGACAAAUUGCCGUCGCUGUCCAUGGUGACGGCCGAUGACGAGAGCGAGGAGGAGCAGGAGCAGCACCAGCAACUUCGACGAGCAGAGAGCAACUCGAGCAGAGGAGGAGCCGUAAGCAUUGUGGUGAAUGAGGCCCAAUCGGUAGAUCUGAUGUCACCAAGACCGAGGAAAAUGUCGUCAUUGAGCCGCCAGCAACGACGCGCCAGGAACCGCCGCGAAUGGAGCAGGAAGUUAGACGUGGAAGGAAAUCUCUUUUGGUACCGCAGCGGAGGCGGGGGCGUACCUGUAAGCAGUGAGCUGGAUACACUUAUGCCUGGAUACACGUUGAACAUUCUUGAAAGACCGAUAUUAUCGACAGAAGUGAAGGUGGAGCUGAUUGAGGCAUCGGCUUCUGACCCGGCUGAAUUCCCGACGGGCAAGUCGACGCUUGCCGAUGCUGGUCCUGAACGACGCAAGGAGACAGUGUUCAUGGCAGCAAGUGACUUUCCUUCCAAGUAUGCCCACUUUGUGGUGAGCACGGCAUCCCUUAUUGUGCCUGCGGAAGUGGAAUUUUUGAAAUUGUCGGUACAUCGCGACUACAUGAUGGAGGAGUCGAUGGACCACAUGUACUGCAUUCAACCAAAGAACCUGCGCUCUUUUAUGCGUAUCAAUUUCCUCGAUGAAAGUGGCGUGGAUGCUGGAGGUGUACACCGCGAAUGGUUUAUGCUGGUGAAUGAGCUGCUGGCGUCGCCAACCCUACGACUUUUUACGUGUACGAACAAGGCCGACCAGAGCUUCUACUUCAACCCGCAGUCUUCCGCAGAGGUGGGCGAAGACCACCUUGCCUACUACUUCGCCACUGGACGUCUGAUUGGCCGUGCGUUGCUGGAAGGUGGCAUCUGGGGUUUCCAUCUCGCACUUCCAUUACUGAAGGUGAUCUUGGGUUUACCAGUCACCUUCGCCGACAUGGAGUUCCUGGACCCAGAAACUUACCGUAGCCUACGUUGGCUCAUGGAUAAUGAUGGCGUGGAUGAUCUCGGACUUGACUUCAGCAUAACCGAGCAGAUAAAUGAGUCCGAGAAGAUUGUCGUGGACCUGAUCUCGAAUGGAAGGAAUGUUGCUGUCACGGACUCCAAUAAACGCGAGUAUUUGGAUCGUCGCUUCCGAUACGUACUUUUUGAGAGUGUAGCAGAUCAGAUGCAUGCGUUUCUCAAAGGGUUGUACGAGGUUAUUCCUCGCGAGAUGCUCCUCAUUUUUGACCCUGAAGAGUUCGACUACCUGCUCUGUGGGUCCCCUGAAAUCGACGUCACGGACUGGGAGGCUCACACUGCGAUGUCUCCAAAUCUUGAGGGUGCUAACGUAACCCGAUGGUUCUGGGAGAUCGUUCGACAAAUGCCAAACGAAUAUCGCCGGCGUCUUCUGCUUUUCGCUACGGGUUCGGCCUGCGUUCCGCUGUCGGGUUUUCGUGGUUUAACCAGUUACGAUGGCCGUCUAUGCCCGUUCAAUCUCAAGGGGGUGUCGUACAAAAUGACGCAGUAUAUUUCGAGUCACGCAUGCUUCAACCGAUUGGAUUUGCCCUUGUACAACGGCAAGAAGGAGUUGAAGACGAUGUUGUACGCCACGCUGGAAACUGAUCUCACGGGUUUUACGACUGCAUAA